AUCCACACCGCGAACUUGGUGCCGCACGACCCUCGUUCCCGCUCCCUGCUCCCCCGGGUAUCCGAAGACAGCCGUCAGGUCCCCGGAGGCCCUACCCCAGGACCGUGUGGCCCAGGACGUGGGCUCUCCCACCAUCAGCAUCUCACGCCAGAAUGGUGCAUGGCUUGGGACCCUGGCGGACUGACACCCCUGGUUCCGGCGUCAUCUUCAGCUGAGCCAUGGCAACCCCGGAUGUGAGUGUCCACAUGGAGGAGGUGGUGGUGGUCACAACGCCAGACACCGCAGUGGACGGGAGCGGCGUGGAGGAGGUGAAGACUGUGCUGGUGACGACAAACCUGGCUCCUCACGGGGGCGAGCUGGCGGAGGACAGCAUGGAGACGGAGAACGCAGCAGCGGCUGCGGCGGCUGCUUUCACAGCAUCCUCGCAGCUCAAGGAGGCCGUGUUAGUGAAGGUGGCUGAAGAAGAGGAGAGCCUGGAGGCUGAAAUCGUGUACCCCAUUACCUGCGGAGACAGCAGAGCCAACCUGAUUUGGAGGAAGUUCGUGUGCCCCGGCAUCAAUGUGAAGUGUGUCCAGUAUGACGAGCAUGUGAUCAGCCCAAAGGAGUUUGUGCACCUGGCCGGCAAGUCCACCCUGAAGGACUGGAAGAGGGCCAUCCGCAUGAACGGCAUCAUGCUCAGGAAGAUCAUGGACUCCGGGGAGCUGGACUUUUACCAGCACGACAAGGUCUGCUCCAACACCUGCCGCAGCACCAAGAUCGACCUCUCAGGCGCCCGCGUGUCCCUGAGCAGCCCCACCUCGGCCGAGUACAUUCCACUCACGCCUGCCACGGCCGACGUGAACGGGUCUCCCGCUACCAUCACCAUAGAGACCUGCGAGGAUCCCGGUGACUGGACCACGGCCAUCGGAGAUGACACCUUUUCCUUCUGGCGAGGGCUCAAGGACGCGGGUCUGCUGGACGAGGUCAUACAGGAGUUCCACCAGGAGCUGAUGGAGACCAUGAAAGGCCUGCAGCAGCGGGUCCAGGACCCCCCACUGCAGCUCCGAGAUGCCGUGCUCCUCAACAACAUCGUGCAGAACUUCGGCAUGCUGGACCUGGUGAAGAAGGUGCUGGCCAGCCACAAGUGCCAGAUGGACCGCUCACGGGAGCAGUACGCCCGAGACCUGGCAGGUGCGCCCGGUCAGUGUGAUGAGCACCGCCGUCGGGCCAAGGAGCUCAAGCACAAAUCUCAGCACCUCAGCAACGUGCUCAUGACGCUGACGCCCGUCUCCCUGCCGCCCCCCACGAAGCGGCCCCGGCUGGCAAGGGCCACGUCCGGGCCGGCUGCCAUAGCCUCGCAGGUGCUCACCCAGUCUGCCCAGAUCGCCCUCAGCCCCGGCGUGCCCGUCUCCCAGCUGACCGGCGUGCCGCUCAGCAAAGUGGUGUCCACCCUGCCCUCCCCCGUGCUGGGCAAGGGCCCCCCCCAGGCUGCUCCUGCCAGCUCCCCUGCCUCGCCACUGCUGGGGGGCUACACGGUGCUGGCCUCGUCGGGCGCCACCUUCCCUGGCACGGUGGAGAUCCACCCGGACGCGUCCAGCCUCACGGUCCUGAGCACGGCCGCCAUGCAGGACGGCAGCACUGUGGUCAAGGUGGUGAGCCCCCUGCAGCUGCUCACCUUGCCGGGCCUGGGCCCCACCCUGCAGAACGUGGCCCAGGUGUCACCUGGGGGCAGCACCAUCGUGACAGUGCCCACGGGGGCCGUCGAGAGCGCCAUGGCCGCCUCGGGGCCCGAGGAGCACACGGCCACCAUUGAGGUGGCUGCCCUGGCAGAGGGCCAUGAGCACAAGUAGACGCUGGUGGAGGGCGAGGCCCCUCGUGGGCACAGGGCUGGCCGCCUCUCCUCAAGCCGCGGCUGGGCGGGAGCACACAGCCCCGGCGCCCCGCGGGUCACGUUGGGCUGAACCAAAGAGAGGAAACACCAAAACAGACGAGGAGCAGAAGGGAUCUCAGACGACAGACCUGUGUAGCCAGCCUCGCACUCGCACUCCCUCCCCCUUCUUUCUUAGGAAAUACAUUUUUCCAUCUGUUGCUUAUUGAUACUGUUUACACGUUGGGCCUGAUCAGGAUCCAGGCAGAGAGGACGAGGAGGCAGAGCCGGGGAGCGGGGCCCGGACCCCGUGGGUGCGAGGGGCCCCUGGGGGGGCCUGAGCCGGCUGGGGGAGGGGGUGUCACUAACACAUGUCUUGGGAACCGUCCCCAAGUGUGGAAACCCAUGGAUCCUAUGGAUUUGGUUUCUUCCCACAGUUUUCUGUAGGUUUAGUGUGGCCCGGCACCCUGUUCUCCCAUCUCUGAACAGGCCUCGGUGCUGCUGCUGGUCCCCACGCGGCUUUGGGCUGGGGCUCCCGGGCACACGGGGGUUGGAGUGCAGCCUCCAGGGCACCCGCCUGAGCAGAGGGCCAGGGGGCCCCAGUAGCAUGAGUUUGCCAUCUGCUCACCUCCUUGUACCCGGCAGGGGCCGUUGCACACGCACCGUGGGUGUCUUUAAGUGAAUUGUUUAGUAGGCUUCUAGGAAGAGUCAGAUUUAUAGCAUUUUAACCUAAGCAACGCUGAGUGCCUAGGCUCCCCGAAUUUGCUCUGGAUUCCAGAGUGCUUUGUACAAGCAGUUGUCAGGACGGCCCGCGGGGGACUGUGUGUGCUGGUGGUUCCUUCUGCUCUGGCCGUGAGCUCUUGGCACCGGCAGGCCACCCAGGGGAGUGUGACGGUGGGUGUGCCCCUGGGGCUUUGGUUCCGGGGUUAGGGGGUGAACAGAACAAGCCAGGAACUGAGGAGGAUCUGCAUGGGCCGAGGGCUCAUUGUCAACCCCUGUGCUCAGCCUGUUGGCGGGGCCAUCAUAACAGCCUUAGCACUUAGCCCCCCAAACUCCCUAUGCCCCCUACCUGGAGGUGGAGGUGUAUUUGGGGGACGGCCUAGUAGUCUGGGCCAGGGCCAGUCAGGGUGGGGCCCUCCGUGGGCCACGUGCAGCUCUGAUUCCGGACGCAGGAGGGAGAACAGGCAGGGGUCCCCUGAAGGCCUGGAGCCGUCUCGGGCAGGGCCCCAAGGCCCGUCCGAGCCCUUGAGUGGCAGGCCCCCAGACCUGCCAGUUCUGUUGCUUGCUGAACACCCUUCUCUGGGAGAAGGGGAGGGGGCUUCAGAGACAAGACGCUGCCCCACUUUGUGCUUCGAAGGGAACUGAGUUCUGUGUGUCCGUCCUUCCAUCCGUCAGGUGCCCCAGACCUACCAGAGCGGGCCUCGCCCCCCGAGUCAAGCCACCGACCGAGGUGGUCUUUUUCUGUUUUCUUUCUGUUGCGUACAUGUUUGCUGUUCUCGUGGGUCAGCUGGUUUCAGCAUGAUGUUUACUUGCUGGUGUACGUGCUCAUCUUCACGGUGUCCUGAUGCCCGAGGCAGUGUGAUCCCCGGGGGUGGGCGCUGCCCCGCCUGGCCAGUCCUGUCCGUCUGCACCCGCUCAGACCAUAGGAGAAACCACGUGGCUGAUAAAACUGUGUCUUGUCCUUGGAGGCUUUGUCACAGUCAGCCGCUGCCCUGCCCUCAGACCGCAGGGGUGCUGGGGGGAAGUGCAUGUCAGAGCCAUAGAAACAGAAGCCACAGCCCCGAAAUAACUGCAGCACGCCCCCCCCCUUCCGCCCGGGCUGGGGGGCAGACACCUGUGCCUGGCAGGGCCCCAAGCGGGGAGGGUUCCUGGGGCUCUGUCAGUGCGCCCGCGCCUUCCAGUCCCCCGGGGUGGGUCCGCGGCGACUUCUGGGGAGCAGGACUGGAUUGGGUUUUUCUCGCGGUGCCGAGCGCUGGCUCAGAGGCAGCCUGGGGAAGGGAAGCAUCCGGGUUCUACUUUGUAUGUUGUUUUGCAAGUAUCUGCUUGGUACUUUGAUUUACAGUAAAAACAUUUUUCAUAAUG